UCUACAAUGACAUGCAGACGACGAAAACAACAUGGACUUUUCGAAACGAGAGAGUUGGAGCGUAUUUUGGAUUCGUGUACGCUGGACUUAACACCAGUCGACGAGGUCUGGCCGAAUUUGUUCAUCGGAAGCGUUGCCAUUGCACAGAAUCUGACUGCGCUGAAGAAGCUGGGCAUCACACAUGUCCUGAACGCUGCACACACCAAGCAAGGCUGCAUUGGGGACCAGGACUUCUACGGGGACGCGUUCGUUUAUCAUGGCAUCCCAGCCGAUGAUUCCUCAAAGUUCGACUUGAGUGUUUACUUUCAUCCCGCGGCGGAUUUCAUCCACAAAUCUCUGAAGAAGAAAGAUGGUAAAGUGUUUGUACACUGCUUCAUGGGAGUGAGCCGCUCAUCUACGCUAGUGCUGGCUUACCUCAUGUUGAAGCAGCGGCUGAAGUUGCGUUCUGGCGUGGAGACACUCAUCCAGAGGCGGGCCAUCUACCCAAACAGGAACUUCCUGUCACAGUUGCUGGAGCUGGAUGCACAGCUGCAGAGGAAGCGCAGACUCUGCCCCAUACUCUGAGUGAUCACAAACGCACACGCAUGCACACGCACGCACACGCACGCACGCACGCACUCUCUCUCUCUCUCUCUCUUAGACUCCUAAAACACACACACACACCAUUUAGGCUACUGUAAGAAUCUAAAAGGAAAUCAUUUACAUUUGCCAAAAUUCGAACUUGUUUGGACAACAUUUGUCUCAAUUCCUAAAUUCACUCAGGUGCUAAAUACACAGCUGUGUCUUCCCAGAGGGAGGAUGUGUGUUUGUGUGUGUGUGUGUGAGAGAGAGAGAGGGAGAGGGUCUCAGGAGGGGAUGAGCUCAGCCAGACGGGAGUCACAGCUGGAAAAAAAACAAGGUUUCAAAUAAUGAACAUAACCAAAUGUCCAUUGAAAAGAAGAUAGAAGAGUGAAACACAUCUCAGGCACAGUGUUUAUCUACAUCUGAUCAUAUUUACAAAGAAGAGCUCUAGAAUAGCUAGCAGUCUCGGACUGGGUUAUUGCACGCACAGAUAAUACAAGGGUAGGCCUAUCAUCCUCUUAUCUAACUCUGGGGGAGAUGGUGAACAAGCUUAUUUCCCCUAAAAGUUGGCAUGUUCCUUUCAGGAGGUAAAAUGACAGUAACAGAAACCAUUGGAAGAAUGAUGGACAGGUCUAAAGGCUGGGGAGAGUAUAGGGGAGGAUUUGUGUCUUCACACCACUCUAAAAAUGGUAAAAAUGUCUGAUAAAACUAUAGAUAGAAUUAUCCUGUAAUACUUAGAUAGAUAGAUACUUCAUUGAUCCUGAGGGGGAAAUUCAAGGUGUGAUACUUAUGUGAUACUGUUACCUUUUUCAAUAAAACACUUGAUUUA